UGGCUCCCCCAACUGGAGAGGGUCCCUCUCGCAGCCCAAGCUGGCCGGUGAGCAAGAAGCCGGCAGGCGAGAGGCACUGAGCCGCCGCCGGAGCAGGAAGUGGUGGGUCCCAGAUGUGACUCACGCUCAUUAGGUAGACGGUGGAGGGAGUCUCCACAUGUGUCUGCAGAAGGGCAGGCAAGGGCCAGGCCACCUCCCUGCAGGCUCAGAGCCUGCUCUGGCCGCUGAGGGGUCCCAGGAGAGCCAGAGCUGAGGACCCCAUGAGUCUGGUCGGCCUGUUCUGGACUCCAGCAGCGCAGCGAGCGGGCCCAGCGUUGUCCAUGGAGCUGCAAGCCCAGGCUGCCCAGCCCCACCAGCCAGCCCCAGAGAGGCCAGAGGCCUAGGCCCAGGGAGGAGGGUGCAGCCAGCAGAUGCCCCCAGGCUGCGGGAGGAGAGGGCCAGCGGUGGAGGAUGCCAGCCAAGGGGCGCUACUUCCUCAAUGAGGGCGAGGAGGGCCCGGACCAGGCCGCCCUCUACGAGAAGUACCGCCUCACUAGCCAGCAUGGGCCACUGCUGCUCCUGCUCCUCGUGGUGGCCAUCACCGCCUGUGUAGCACUCAUCGCCAUCGCCUUCAGCCACGGGGACCCCGUGGAGCACCAGGCUGUCCUGGGCGUGGCGUUUGUGACGCUGGCUGUGUUCGUGGCUCUCUAUGUGCUGGUGUACAUUGAGUGCCUGGUCCGACGGUGGCUCCGGGCCUCAGCGCUGCUCACCUGGGCCUGCCUGGUGACACUGGGCUAUGUGCUGGCCUGGACCUCGUGGAGGAGGGAGGCCUGUGCGUGGGCGCAGGUACCCUUCUUCCUGUUUGUGGUCUUCGUGGUGUACACGCUGCUCCCCUUCAGCAUGCAGGCGGCUGUCGCUGUGGGUGUGGUCUCCACCGUCUCCCACCUUGUGGUGUUCAGCAUCCUCACGGGGGGCUUCAUGGUGCCCAGCACUGGGGUGGGGCUGCAGCUGCUGGCCAAUGCUAUCAUCCUCCUCUGCGGGAACUUGACAGGCGCUUUUCACAAGCACCAGAUGCAGGAUGCCUCCCGGGACCUCUUCACCUACACAGUCAAGUGCAUCCAGAUCCGUAAGAAGCUGCGCAUUGAGAAGCGCCAGCAGGAGAACCUGCUGCUAUCAGUGCUGCCAGCCCACAUCUCCAUGGGCAUGAAGCUGGCCAUCAUUGAGCGGCUCAAGGAGGGCGGGGACCGCCGUUACAUGCCUGACAACAACUUCCACAGCCUCUAUGUCAAGCGGCACCAGAAUGUCAGCAUCCUGUAUGCAGACAUCGUGGGCUUCACGCAGCUGGCCAGCGACUGCUCCCCCAAGGAGCUGGUGGUGGUGCUGAAUGAACUCUUCGGCAAGUUCGACCAGAUCGCCAAGGCCAAUGAAUGCAUGCGGAUCAAGAUCCUGGGCGACUGCUACUACUGUGUGUCGGGCUUGCCCGUGUCCCUGCCCACCCACGCCCGGAACUGUGUGAAGAUGGGGCUGGACAUAUGCGAGGCCAUUAAGCAGGUGCGGGAGGCCACAGGCGUGGACAUCAGCAUGCGCGUGGGCAUCCACUCGGGGAACGUGCUGUGUGGGGUCAUAGGACUGCGCAAGUGGCAGUACGACGUGUGGUCCCACGAUGUGUCCCUGGCCAACAGGAUGGAGGCAGCUGGAGUCCCUGGCCGGGUACACAUCACAGAGGCGACACUGAACCACCUGGACAAGGCCUACGAGGUAGAGGAUGGGCAGGGCCAGCAGCGGGACCCCUACCUGAAAGAAAUGAACAUCCGCACCUACUUGGUCAUCGACCCCCGGAGCCAGCAGCGGCCACCACCCAGCCAGCACCUCCCCAAGCCCAAAGGGGAUGCGACCCUGAAAAUGAGGGCUUCAGUGCGCAUGACCCGCUACCUCGAGUCCUGGGGCGCUGCACGGCCCUUUGCACACCUCAACCACAGAGAGAGUGUGAGCAGCAGUGAGACCCCUGUCCCUAAUGGGCGGAGGCCCAAGGCCAUUCCCCUGCGGCGCCACAGGACCCUUGACAGGAGCUCCUCCCCCAAGAGGCGGUCAGAGGAUGACUCCUACGAUGACGAGAUGCUGUCAGCCAUCGAGGGGCUCAGCUCCACACGCCUCUUGAGGGGGUGGCCGCUGCCCUGGUCCCGCCUCACACUGCUGCCCUCCAGGCCCUGCUGCUCCAAGUCCGACGACUUCUACACCUUUGGGCCCAUCUUCCUGGAGAAGGGCUUUGAGCGUGAGUACCGCCUGGCACCUGUCCCCCGGACACGCUAUGACUUUGCCUGUGCCGGCCUUGUCUUCCUCUGCAUCCUGCUUGUCCACAUCCUAGUGAUGCCUAGGGUGGCACCGCUGGGUGUGUCCUUUGGGCUGGUGGCCAGCCUGCUGGGGCUGGUGCUGGGCCUGUGCUUUGCUGUGGAGUUCACGCGGUGCUGCCCGACCCGGGGGACGCUGAGGGCCAUCUCUGAGAGGGUGGAGACAAGGCCCCUGCUGAGGCUGUCCCUGGCCGUGCUGACCAUCGGCAGCCUGCUCACUGUCGCCAUCAUCAACCUGCCCCUGAUGCCUGACCAAGCCCUGGGGCUGCCUGGGAGCAAUGAGACUGCAAGGAGCGGUGAGCUCCUCCCGUUUUAUAGCUGCACUUGCAUCCUGGGCUUCAUCGCCUGCUCUGUCUUUCUGCGGAUGAGCCUGGAGCUGAAGGUCCUGCUGCUGACAGUGGCCUUGGUGGCCUACCUGUUGCUCUUCAAUCUCUCUGCAUGCUGCAGCCAGAGCCUGGGCAACCUCACUGACACCAACUGCCCGGGCAACCUCACCAAGACCAACAGAACCCCCAGCAGCUCCUGCUGUUUGACGAGGGAUCUGAGGACCAUGAUCAACUUCUACCUGUUUCUGUUCUACCUCACCCUCGUCAUGCUGUCCAGGCAGAUUGACUAUUACUGCCGCUUGGACUGUUUGUGGAAGAAGAAGUUCAAGAAGGAACAUGAGGAGUUUGAGACCAUGGAGAACGUGAACCGCCUUCUCCUGGAGAAUGUGCUGCCGGCCCAUGUGGCUGCGCACUUCAUCGGUGACAAGCUGAAUGAGGACUGGUACCAUCAGUCCUACGACUGUGUCUGUGUCAUGUUUGCGUCUGUGCCGGAUUUCAAAGUGUUCUACACGGAGUGCGAUGUCAACAAAGAAGGGCUGGAGUGCCUGCGCCUACUCAAUGAGAUCAUUGCUGACUUUGAUGAGUUGUUGCUGAAGCCCAAGUUCAGCGGUGUCGAGAAGAUCAAGACCAUCGGUAGCACCUACAUGGCAGCUGCAGGACUCAGUGUCCCCUCAGGGCAUGAGAACCAGGACCUGGAGCGGCAGCACGCGCACAUUGGCGUCCUGGUGGAGUUCAGCAUCGCCCUGAUGAGCAAGCUGGAUGGCAUCAAUAGGCAUUCCUUCAACUCCUUCCGCCUCCGAGUUGGCAUAAACCACGGGCCCGUGAUUGCUGGAGUGAUCGGGGCACGGAAGCCUCAGUAUGACAUCUGGGGGAACACAGUCAAUGUUGCCAGCCGCAUGGAGAGCACUGGAGAACUUGGGAAAAUCCAGGUCACUGAAGAGACGUGCACCAUCCUCCAGGGCCUGGGUUACUCCUGUGAGUGCCGGGGGCUGAUCAACGUCAAAGGCAAAGGCGAGCUGCGGACCUACUUUGUGUGCACGGACACUGCCAAGUUUCAGGGGCUGGGGCUGAACUGAAGGCUUCUGGUGGGAUCAGAACAUGGUGGGAAGCUGGUUUCUUCAGAACAGGUCAAGAAGCUGGGCCCAUGCCAGUUGCAAAGGCAGUGGAUGGUUCUGGCCAUGGCCAUCCCCUAGCAGAUGGCUGUGCAUGGCUGCUAGGGACUUGCACCAGAGGAGUCUGCACCAGAUGCUGCUUGAAGCAACUGCUUAGCUAUAGCACGGUGCAGCCAGAACCUCUGCACUGUUACUUUUAAGUUUCCAGAUCAGCUGGAAGAUGACCACUGGGAUGCUGAUGCCAACUGUGCUGGUGGCUGGAAUUUUGUUCCCAGGUGCCGUGGAGGUGAUGUUGACCGUGACUAAGGGAGACAUCCACCUUGGCAGCCUGUGGGCACACAUAAGGGAGACUCACCUUUUCCAGGUCAACGGAGGAUUAAGCCAAGUUCUCUAGCAUGGGUUGGAGCCUCCCUUCUCCCUAGCAGGAAAAGCCCUGGGGAGUCUAUUUCUCACAUAGGCGUGGAGCUGGAAAGGGUGUUUUGCAAACGGUUUCAACCAGUAGAGACAAAAAUUCAGUGGGCACUUGUUACUUCUUGCCAUUUCUGGCAUGUUUUAGAUACACUCUUAAUGGGGAUUUUAACCUUAUUGACUUCUUAGAUGCUGGACAAAAGUCUCCAGGGUACAUGUAAAUAGGACUACUGUCCAGUGUCAGUCAAUGGGAUUAGCUGGCUGGGGGGCAACAGGGCUCACAGCAAGAAGGCAAGGAGCAGGGAUCCUUGGGUCUGAGUCGGGCAGCUCUGAUGGAAGCCUCCUGGGACCAUGCUCAGUAAGCUGAAACUUAGGAGCAAGGAAGCACUUUUAGUUCCGCCCUGACUACUUCUGUACUUUUGGGCUUCCCCUGCAAUCUUAACUGUCUCAUGUUAUUUCAGUGGGAAGGAAUGGAGGCCUUGUGGAGAGACCUUGGACAAGCUGCACUACAUCUUUCCUUUAGUCUUCAUAUAGCUGGCUCUGGAGAGCUUCAAAACUAGAGGGAUCUACUCAGCAUGAGAUGUAUCAAGGUUCCCCUACCCGGGAAGCUAGCUCCCAGCAGAUGUUGAGACAUUCUUGCUCUGAACCUGAAUGAGUCCAGGUAAAAAGCCGACUUUGAGAUGGUGUGUUACUGUGCUUCGGCUGCAUAGGGAGCUGGAACUGCCUGUUCCUUUUCUGAACUGACUCCACUGCUGCCAGUACCACCACUGAACGUCACUACAUCACAGGGAUUCCUAGAUAGUAGCCAGCCUCCAGCCCCCUGAAGUUACACAGGCAAUCUUGCAGGAGCCUUCAAAACAUGGCUGUGCAGGGCUGCGGUGGCCACCCUUGCUGCAGAGUAGUGUGCAGGCAGGGGUGGAGGUGGUGGAAAGGGGCCUGUGUGGUUGUCUUACCAGCCUGAGACAGGGGGCCGAUUCCAAUUUGCAAGAAGGUGCUGCAGCCCUGCUGUCAUAUGAGGCUUUUUUUUUUUUUUCCUUUUUCUGGUACUGGGAUCAAAUUUGGGACCUUAUGCUUAUGAGGUAGGCAGCAGAACCACUGAGCUAAAUCCCUAGUCCUAAACAUUACCAUUUAAAUUGCAACAACUUUUGUCUUUUUGGGGGUUAUGGGGAUUGAACUCAGGACCUUGCACUUGCCAAGCAGGUGUGGUGCCACUGAGCGUAACCCCUGGCUACUUGUCUUUUUUUUCCUGCUGUGUCAUAUGUAACUGGAACCAGCAUGCAUUCAAAAAACUUGCUCUGAAAAGGAAUUCUAUGGCAAAAAUGCCAGCAAGGCAAGAAGCCUUGCCUAAAUUGCUUUUUCUGUAUCCCUUGCUCACAUGACAGGCUGACUUCAGGGGAGUGCUGUACUACAACCUGUGCUCUCCAAAUGGGUCAGGGCUGACCAGAUGAGCACUUGUAGGGUAGGAGCGCUCCUGUUGCUGACAUAAGGUAGACAUUGAUCAGUGCGUGGGCUUCUCAAGCUGUUUCUACUCUUGCAGCAUUCAAGGUACUUCCUUCAGUAGGAAGUCCCAGGAAAUAGUUUUAAAGUAAUUGGUCACCACUCAUGCAUUGUAUUUUCAAUUAAAGCACUGUGCUCAGUUAAGAAUGUUUUCUAAGUUUUUAGUUUUCAAUCUUCACAUUAGAGUAUAACUGACCGUAAGAACCACUUGCAGUCUACAUGUAUCUCCCUCAGUCCUGGAGAUCAAACUCAGGACCUUGCGCUUGCAAAAGCAGGCACAGCGCCACUGAGCUAAAGCCCUGGCCCCACUUGCAGUUUCUUUUAAUGACUCUAUUUCCAAUUACCACGUGACUUCUUUGCAAGUGUCAUUUUGUUUUGGGAGGAACAGGUAUUUUCUAACAAUUACGCUCUCUAUUGGGUUAAAGACUGGCUUAAAUCUCUCUCUAAAGUGGCCUCACUGACUACGCAAUAACACCUAAAGUUUUUCUGGUUACUUAUUAAGGAGAUUUCCUAGAGGCAAACAUGAUCCUUACCUACUGUAUAUUGUGUCUAUAACACAUCAAUGUACAGAAAUAUGCUUUGAGGUCAGGUAUACAAGUGACUACGUUUGUUCCCUGUAAGAUUAUUUAUUUGUCAAGUUUUGUUUCAUUUUUAUAAACUAUUAGUGUUGGGCCGUUUCUGAUACAUUAAAUUAGCAACGUGGAAAGCAUGUAUGUCCUAAGUUCCAAAUUUAUUUUAUUAAUCUUCAGUUUACCUGAGUCCAGUAUUGC